AUGGCGUUUACCGAAGCAGACAGAAAGCGCAUGGGAACUCCUCAUCCAGAGCUCACAGAUGCUGUGGAAAAGUUCCCUUUGCCGGACACGACCAACGGCAACGUCAAUGCCAGCGUCCACGACAUCCGGCAGAAUCGCGCAGCGCAUCUGGCCAGCCUUCGCCAUCUAUAUCCCAUGCCAGGACCCAUUCCGGACGAAGUGCAAGAGUUCUUGCAUCAUAUUCCCGCUCGAGAUGGAUUCGAGAUACCCGUGAAGAUAUACAUCCCCACCAAGCCUCUCGAGAGCGGAAAAGGUCGACCUCUUGUUGUGAUGUUCCACGAAGGAGGCUGGACAAGAGGGGACCUGACCGACGAGGAUCUCAAUUGCCGCAUGUUCGCUCGAGAUCUUGGAGCUGUGUGUGUCAAUGUGGACUAUCGUUUGGCGCCCGAGUAUCUUUUUCCCUACGGCGUGAAUGAUGCCUUUGACGCAGUGAAGUGGUGCGCGAAGACGGCUUCUGCCUCCUCGGAGCUUCUACCGGCAGACCCUCGUCAAGGUUUUAUUGUUGGUGGUGCGUCGGCUGGAGGGAAUUUUGCCGCUGUCAUGUGCCAGAUGGCUCGAGACGAUGGCUUGGAUCCUCCCCUCACGGGACAGUAUCUCUGCGUACCGGCCUUGCUCGAUGAGCAUGUCGUGCCAGAGCGGUUAAAGUCAGAUUAUCGCAGCAGGACCGAGUCAGUAUAUGACCCCGUGAUCAAGAUCGAGCCUGGCCGUGGCAAGCGAAAACUCGAGCAGCUCAAGGUUGAUCCAGCGGAUCCACGCUUCAGCCCUGCUUUGCAUCCUAAUCUCAAGGAUCUCCCUCCGGCUUUCUUCCAAAUAGCUGGACUUGAUCCUCUGCGAGAUGAGGCAUUGAUCUAUGAAAGGCUACUGAGGGAGGAGAAUGAUGCGGCUACGAAGCUGAUGGUCUAUGAUGGAUUUGGGCAUAUGUUCUGGACCAACUGGCCGCAGUUGAAGCGCAGCAAGGAGUUUGUGGAUGAUACUCUCACUGGAGUCAAGUGGUUGCUUGACGAAGAGCGAAAGCGUUAA